AUGGCUAAGAAUCGUAACGGCAAGAAAGCGAAGCAGGCGGGAGCAGGUGGGGCUAGGGGUGUUCGUCCAGGGUCAGGCAACAAGAAUCCGCCGCGGCAUAACGGGAACGGCCACAUUUGGUCUGGGGGAGUUGCUACGGGAGGUCGAGGAAACACCGGAAAUCACGCUAACUUUCGCCCUCACAAUCAGAACAACGCCGUCGCCCGGGGAGGUAGCAACCGGACGGCAACCCGUGCCCCCAAUGUCCGUGAUGGUGGCGGUCGCGAAGUGUCGAGUCGUCGGCUAGCGCAGCACCAUCCCAACGGAGGCCCGCGGCCAGAUCCUACUGGGGGCAAGGUGAACCCACUGAGGCCAGAACAAUCGGGGGCCAACGCAAGCGCGACUACAAGCCACGAGGCCCAACUAACGCAGCGGAGAGACAAGCUCCCGGAAGGUUGUCUCGAUAUGACCCACAUGUACGCCUUGCCCAUGGAUGAAAAGACUCUCGAGCAGAUCAACAAAGGCAAUACUAUCUUGUGGGUUCUGGAAAUCGAGCAGACGACAAACAAUCGAGCGAGGGACACUAACACACACUACAUCCUCACAGAGGUGGGCCUGUGCUCCUGCAAGUACCGUCCGAACGUCGUCCAUCAUUACGACAAGGCGUCCAAUAAACUCUUCCUCCAUCUCAAAGUUGACUUCCACAAUGUCAAUGAGGAGAACUACACUUCCAAUAAGCCGGUCAAGAUCAUAGGACAUAGCCCGAGACUUCCCCGCAAGAACUCUCAUAUCGAUGCUAGCAUCUUCAGGAGUGUGAUUCCGAAUGCUACCAUGAUACCCGAUGGAGGACUUCUGGAUGGCCCAUCGUCGGAACUGUUCAUGGAGGUCUGCUCUCAGUUUACAUUCGGGCCGGGAGUGUCGCGGAGGCUUGCCGAUGCUGCGGAGAAGACCAAGAACAUGGCCCGCACGAACCCCAUCUUCUGCGACGGUGGCGCCGUCCUCGGCAUAACGGAGAUGGCUGGCGCCAUGAGCGAGAAACUCGAUCUCGGGGCCCGAAACGCCGCGCUAAAGCCCAACGCUGUGACGUCCCAGUCCCUCAACGAGAAGGAGAAGGAGUCAACCCCCUGCACUGCUCAGGUUGCCUCCCAUCAACUACCCAUCGCUACUGCUCGAUCUGAAAUACCCGUUCAAGCUGAAGGCGUCCCUGGAGCCGCGGGUGACCUGAAGCGGAAAGCAUCCAGCUUAGCAAUCGCGGGCGCUGAGACAAAAAAGCCGAAACUCUCGGAGGUCAAAGCCGGGCCGGAAGAAUACGAAAAUCAAUUAGACGCCGAUAACCGACUGAUCGACUCCCGCUACGGUGGCUUAGAUAAGGAGCAAGUCAAAGAAGAAUGGAGCAAGGCUUGGUGGGACUACCGUCUCUAUGAGCAAGAGAUGCUUUCCCUUAUGGGUUCGAGACCAGGACCAUCCGUGGGACAGCUCCAACAGCUCACUAAGCUGAAAAAGCGAGAAUUUUUCACAGACGCCAUUGACCUUCUCUAUAGGUGGGGAGGUGCGGAGUACUUGACUGAGGACCUUCGAGCAACACUGGUAGCGGGUUCGGAUCAGUCCGAUUAA